CUGAUCAUGAAGGGUGCUGAAAGGACAGCUCCCAUCUGGCCUACUUGGGCCCCGCGAAACCCGAAUAGUACCGUUACGCCCAGCCCGGAACCUCUCUCUGCUAGGGAAAAGAGCAGUUUGCAGGUGAGUUGUCUGAGAGAUGUCGGCAGAGUGGUAGUUCCGAGAGCUGCACGUCCGGCUGCACCAAGCCGUAUCCCCUACUUCGUUCCUUCCCCGCCUCAGCGUUGUGUGCAUGCGAAGCAGCGGGAGCAGCACAGGCUGGUGGCUUGGGCGCUGCCAAGCUGCGCGCAACAAACCGCUGCCUUCGGAGGAGACUCGCAACCCCCACCCCUGGGGCCCCCUAGCAGGGGGCGGGGGAGGGGGGAGGGAAUCCAGAAUGUGUCCUGGGUAUUGCUAGUAAACGAAGUAGCUCGCUUGCAUAAGGUGGAAGGAACUUUGCAAAACCAAGCCUUAGGCGGGAGUCCAAGCCCACCCCCCUGUGCUCCUCGCAUUUAGCGCGCGCCUCCCUAGUCGGCCUGGUGCCCCCCGCCCCCACCGCGCGCAGUCGCUUCGCGCUCCCCCCUCCAAUCUCGCCCCAUCCCCUCCGAGGAGGUGAGUUUAAACCCCGCCCACGUGACCCCAGCUGGGCCAAUGAACGGCGGCGGGAGGUGAAAUCCGGUUCUAACCGGUCCGGGGCUCCCAGCGCUAUAAAAACUUUAUAAACCCCCCGGAGCCCAAGCAGUGUGAGGAAGAGGAGACGGGAGCGACCCCCGGACCGGCCGCUGCCGCCGCUGCAACCCGCGCCCAGACUCCACUGCUGCCUCUGCUCCCGCCCCUCCACCGUCACCACCAUGCCCAAGAGAAAGGCUGAAGGAGAUGCUAAGGGAGACAAGACCAAGGUUAAGGACGAACCACAGAGGAGAUCUGCGCGGUUAUCUGCUAAACCUGCCCCUCCGAAGCCAGAACCCAAACCUAAAAAGGCCCCUGCAAAGAAGGGAGAGAAGUUACCCAAAGGGAAAAAGGGAAAGGCUGACUCCGGUAAGGAUGGGAACAACCCUGCAGAGAAUGGAGAUGCCAAAACAGACCAGGCACAGAAAGCUGAAGGUGCUGGAGAUGCCAAGUGAAUUGUGUGAAUUUUUGAUAACUGUGUACUUCUGGUGACUGUACAGUUUGAAAUACUAUUUUUUAUCAAGUUUUAUAAAAAUGCAGAAUUUUGUUUUACUUUUUUUUUUAAGCUAUGUUGUUAGCACACAGAACGCUUUGUUGUUGUUUUGGGGGGGAUGGGGCAGAUGUUACAGAUAGGAUAUCUCAGAAGCUGGAUUGAAAUAGGUGGGGAUUUCUUCUCCUCCUAGUUUUUGAGAAGACUUCUCUUGGAUGCCAAGAGAGGUUCCCUGACACAUUCUCUCUCUCUCUCUUUCUCUCAGACACAUAGACACACACACAGAUUCAUAGAUAUGAACACUGAUAACCCUCAGCCUGUCUGGUGAGGGUAGGAGUGGAUAACUUCAAAAAUUUGUACUUCUUCCCUGUCUGCCAUAAGCAUCAACUUGACUCCUCCAAACCCAGGGGCCUAUCAGGACCUGCCCCUAUUUCCCUCUUUGCUUCCACCCCCAAAUCAAUUGUGUUGGAUACCAGUUUUUCAGGUAAUCUGAACUUGAAUUAUGGCCCUAAGGAGGCCUCCCCCAAAAAGCCGCAGCUCCUUUCAUAUUGGGGAUCUUUUCUAAUUAAGAAUUCUGCAGUUUUCAUUUCCUCAAAGUCAGGGUAGGCUCGUGAAAAGUUGUUAAACAACAUAAGCUCAAUGUGAAAGUGUCCACCCUCACUCUAAACUUUUCCCUGUUAAGGUAUAAAAUAAAGACUCUUCAUUGGGUUUUAUAGUGACUUUAUGUUUUUGGUAGUCCACGGAGGAGGGGAGUUUGAAAGUUGUUGUAUAAUGUUGCCGAUCGUAGCCCAUGUCCUGCCUGAAUUACCAUGAUUGUUUAUGAAAAGUAUCUUUAAUAAAGCUGGAUACAGUUUGGCUUGGA